UCUCAUUGCAAGACAAGCGCAUACAAACACACGCGGCUUGGCGGUAACGCGCGACGUACGCCGCCGCAAAAACAUUCGAAUUUUGAAUCAACCUAAUCCCUUUCUAUUUUUUUUAUCCUGUGCCAGUGUUGCCAUCACAAAAUGGAACUCAAGAUUUUACUGAUUCUAGCUCUUGCUCUGAGUGCCUCUUGCGAAGAAACAAAAAAAGAUGCUGAGUCUGAGCCCAGCAAGGACAAACGACAAACCCAAGAUGUUUCAUCAGGCCACUAUUAUUAUAGAAGUGCUAGAAAACAGGAGCCUGUGGCACCUGUAGAAGAACCACAAGAUGAUGACAAAGCUGCGAGAGACGAACAAUACCGCCCAGGACAAGUGUUCUCAGUAAACGCACAAGAGUUGCUGGAACUUCAACCGGAGAGAAAAGCGCCUCUAUCUAGCAACCAGCAGUUGCAGCAGUUGUACCACAACCCCCAGCAGGAACAUAAGCAGAACUUGCAGCAGUUCUAUUAUAUAGACCCUCAAGUUCAACGACAACAGAUAGCCCCACCGUCACACGCAGUAAUCGCAAGGCCACACUAUUCCUCGAAUGGUGGAGAGGCCUCCGUUGGGGCUGCCCUGUCAGUCAGUGACAAUGGGGCCAACGCAGCAGCGGCGUACGACCAGGAUCUAUUGGCAUUGUUGAGUCACACAGUGCAGAGACCUCAAGCAUAUGCGCAAACGCAAGCUCCCCAAAUCGUUACUCAGACAGCGGCCCCACAGUAUCAGCAGAUCGAACAAUAUAUCACCAAACCCAGUAAAAAGCCAACAAAACUGCGCCCAAAAAUCCACGUCGCGCCUCAACCGACAGUUGCUCCACAACAAUACUUAAUAGAAACAACAAAUGUUCAACAGCAACAAGCCCAACAGCAACAAAUUCAACAACAACAAUACCGUCAAAUUCAGCAAAACCAGCGGAUCCCGCAGACUCUUCGUUACGUGACCUUACAACCAGCCCAGUCAUCGGUACAACAACCUUUAUACGAACGUCCUGAAGCCCAAGGUCUCAAAGUUGUUCCAGCACCAAAAUUGCAAAAUUUAAGCCCCCUAUAUCGUGUUGCUCCUCAAUAUCAACAACAAGAAGCAACACCAAAACAGUUCAGAAUUGUAGACACGCCAAGAGCUCUAUUGAGGCAAGAGCAACCUCGUUUUCUAUCAAAUGAAAGGCCUGUCACGUAUCUGAAACGUUUUCCAGAACCAGAAAAGGCUCAAGCUAUUCAAGAAAGUUUGUCAUCUGCCCAACGACCAGUUCAAAUUGCCGAUCAAUAUUAUUAUCGACCAGUCUAUCGACAAAACGAGGCGCGAAGAUACGAAAUACCUGCUCCAGCAAUAAAAGAGCAACCGCGAGCAAUUGAGGCGACGAAGACUCCCCUAUCUGCAAUUUACGUCAGCAAAAAUAUUGCACCCAAAAAGGUCCUUCGUCCGGUAGUAAGGAUAGAUCAGUCUAAAAUCGAUCAACAGUAUAGGGACCAACCAUACAGGAUAGAACAAGCAUCGAGUUCGGAGCAAGUGAAUAUUGAACAGCAAAAUCAAAAUUUGGAUGAGCAGAGAUCGCAGUUGCCUCCUCCGAGGAACAACAAAGCGUAUACUCCUGAAGAGUUCGCAGCUUUGGUAGCGGCUGGCUAUUCAGUAACUCCUAUUCCAGUAGGACAGUCGCAAGAGCAGCCCCAGCAAGCUCAAUCCAGGUCUUUUGUGGAACCAAUGUACCAACGUCGCUCGUAUUAUAACCGACGUAAUCAGUACUUACCGCUACGAGGAGAUGAGGCACCUUGAACAAUAAACUGCGAUGUACAUAAAUUAGAUAUAAUUUCUAGUAAUUAAAUAACUUUACCAUAUG